AUGGCUGAGAUCCGCCGAAAGCUCGUCAUCGUUGGCGAUGGUGCUUGUGGUAAAACUUGUUUGUUGAUUGUUUUCUCCAAGGGCACUUUCCCCGAGGUCUACGUCCCCACCGUUUUCGAGAACUAUGUCGCCGAUGUCGAGGUUGAUGGCAAGCACGUCGAGCUCGCCCUAUGGGAUACCGCUGGCCAGGAGGAUUACGACCGUCUUCGACCCCUGUCCUACCCCGACUCUCACGUUAUCCUGAUCUGCUUCGCUGUUGACUCCCCCGAUUCUCUCGACAACGUUCAGGAGAAGUGGAUCUCCGAGGUUCUGCACUUCUGCCAGGGUCUCCCCAUCAUCCUCGUCGGCUGCAAGAAGGAUUUGCGAUACGACCAGAAGACCAUCGAGGAGCUCCGAAAGACCAGCCAGAAGCCCGUUUCCCCUGAGGAGGGUGAGGAGGUCCGCAAGAAGAUCGCUGCCUACAAGUACCUCGAGUGCUCAGCCAAGACCAACGAGGGUGUCCGUGAGGUGUUCGAGCACGCUACUCGCGCUGCUCUGCUGUCGCGCAGCACCCGUGGCAGCAAGCACAAGAAGUGCCUUGUUCUGUAA